AAUUUCUGGCAACAGGAAGUCCCAUGUCACAAUCUCGCGCCAAUUAUAAACAAAUAAAGACCGAAAUCGAAAGAUGGAAAGAGAAUUAGUUUUAAAAUGCAUUGCAAAUGUAUCGUCUCCCCCUUUAACCCUUAGCAGGAGGGCUAAAGGAGCAUUUUACUGCCACAUUGCAGUGCCCAUUUCAGAGCAAAUAGUUGUAUUCAGCGAGGGUGAUUGGCAGCAGACUGGUCAGGAGUUUGAAGUUGUGCUUUCAUACAAAGAUGAUGUGCUAAACUUGGGAAAAAUUACUGACUGCCAGAGAUGCCUGGUUUGGAAACGAGAUGGAGCAUUGGUGCCUCCCUUGAUGUUAAGUGAACAAGAAAAUGGUCUCGCCAAGAUUGUGGUAGAUGUGUGUGAGGACAUGGCCGCUUCUGAUGACCUGGAAUUCACAGCAUCUAGCAUAGAAUGUGACAUUAUUCGUGACAAUGAAAACACACCACAGUUCAUGGAAGAGAGUAAAAACACCCCUGAUCGACCUCAAAAGAAGAGACGCAACAGUUUAAAUAAGGAUGACAACAAAACACCCAACGGACCAACAAACAAAAAACUAAAGACGACAACCCGUGUAAGAGGAAACACACCAAAGACAGACAAAACCACGGAUAAGACCCCACAGGCUCUUGAGCCUAUGACAUCUGAGUCACCUUCUGUCACAAAAAUCAAAGAUACAAAAAAUACAAAAAAUAUUUCUCCAAAGUCAGGAAAAUCUGAUGUGUUGAAAAAUUCAGAUGAAAAUAAUCCAUCACCAAAAGGUAGAAAGAAAAAUGGAACACCAAAAGGUCCUAAGAAGAAAUUGGAAAAUGAUGCUCUCUCAGGUGCAGAAGGAAACGAAUUGCCGAAACUAAAGGAAGAAACAAGCAAAGACAGCCCUCAAACCACAUCAGGAAAUGCUUCAGAUGGGGCUGGAAAACCUGGCCGUCGCAAAAAGUCUGAUGUUUUGGGUGAAAUUGAAACAAAUGUUGACAGCCAGAAAAACAAAAAUACUAAAAAGUCUCAAAGUGACAAUGCUGAUGAAAAAACAGACUUGUGUGAAGCUGUUAAACAGUUAUGUACAAACAAGGAGAAUGUUAACAACACUGUGGGUGAUAUGUCAGAAACUCUGUCCAAAAAACCUCUCGUCUGUGUUGAAAAACAGAAAAGUGAAGACAACAUUACUAGCUCAAAUGAUGGCAAGGGAAAGGUGGCCACGUGUAAGGAGCUUACUCUCCGGGCACUUGACAGGCCAAGUGGACGCUGGGGCCACAGCCUGUGUUUUGUGCACAAGAACCUGUCCAUCCUGAUUGGUGGCCAGGGUGAGAAGCAGCAGCUCUGUAAGGACUCUGUCUGGACCCUAGACACAGAAACCCGCCGUUGGAAGGAUAUUGCGACCGAGUCUGAUACUCAGAAGCCAGAGUACCGCAUGGGUCACACGGCCACGUACGACCCCAUCGUGCGGUGUUUGUAUGUGUUUGGGGGCUCCAAGAAUACACGCUGGUUCCACGACGUACACAUGCUGGACAUUGAGGAGUGGAAGUGGCAGCUAGUCAAGGUAAAUGGCAAGGCUCCAACGAGAGCCUACCACAGUGCAACACUCUACCGCCACGAGCUGUGGAUAUUCGGUGGGGUGUAUCCUCGCCCCGACCCUCAGCCUGACGGUUGCAGCAACGAGAUCCACAUCUUCAGUCCAGUCAUGGAGAGUUGGUACAGCCCCCUUGUGUCAGGGGAAAAACCCAUACCACGAUCAGGGCAUUCUGCGACCUUGCUGAAUGACCAGUUAGUGGUGUUUGGGGGAUGGGACGCACCGAUAUCCUACAAUGACCUACAUGUCCUGGACAUGAGUAUUGUGGAAUGGACUCAACCCAAAUUCACCGGCACCCCUCCAAGCCCUAGAAGCUGGCAUGCCUCGUGCCCAUUAAGUAACAACCGACUGGUGAUACAUGGUGGAUACAACGGGGACUUCGCCUUGGGGGAUACCCACGUCUUCAACCUAGACAAGCUGAGCUGGACGCGGGUGAGCGUGGAGAGUGCUCCCUGCGCGCGGGUUGGUCACAAGGCGCUGUGUGUGCCGUAUCGUCAUGACAACGAGGAGGAAGACGAGAUUAUCAUCUUUGGCGGCGGCGACAACGACGGCGCGUACUUUGAUGAUCUCCACAGCAUCUACAUUCCCUUUUCUGCAGGAAUCGACCAUGUGUGAAAGUGGUGGAUUGUUGGUAUGAGGACUGAUUUGCCAUCUCUAUGAAUCAAUCAUGUUUAAAAGUGGUAAUGAGUGAUUUUUAUGCCCCCGAAGGAGGGCAUAUAGUGAUCGGACUGUCCGUCCGUCUGUCCGUCAUUUUGCGUUAAGGUUUCAAAAAAUGCUCAUAACUUCUAUGUCGCUUCAGAUAGCAAUUUCAUAUUUGGCAUGCAUGUGUAUAUGGACAAGGCCUUUCCAUACGCACACAAAUUUUGACCCCUGUGACCUUGAACUUAGGGUCCGCGUUUAGGUUUCGAAAUCUGCGUUUAGGUUCCGAAAAAAGCUCAUAACUUCUAUCAAGCAAUUAUAAGGGGCAUGACUCAUCCUAUGGUGACAGCUCUUGUUUUCUUUAUAAUUGUAUGGUAUGAAAAAUUGUUUGUGUAAAGGACUGAUUUUUGAUGCAUGUGAUGGUUUUGGAAGUGAAGCAUUGUUUCUGUAAAUGACUUAUUUUCGAUCUUAAAAAAUCAACCAUGUUUGAAAGUGAAGAAUUGUUUGUUUCAAAGACUGAUUUUCAAUCUCUGUGUCUGUUUGGUAUGUUAACGACAGAGCCUUUUUCUUAUUUAUGAUAACGGUUAAUUGUUCAUAUGAAGGACUGGACAUAUUUUAUCUCUAUGAUGGUAUGUGUUUUUUUCAACAGUGCCUUUUCUGACAAAUCAUAAUGGUGAAGUGUUUGUUUAAAUGACUUUUUAUUGUUUUGAUUGUGGUUUUUUGAUGUCAGUGUUUUUUUGCUGAUUAGUGAUAAUGGUGAUCUGUAUGUGUAAAGGACUGAAUUGUUUUAUCUCUGAGUAUUUGGGUUUAUUUUUUUGUACAACAGUUCCUUUAUCUGUUUAAUGAUUAUUCAAUGAGCAGCACAUGCCUAUUUUUUGUCGAAAAUUUAAUCAACAUCAUUGUUUCAAUUGCUGAAUCUGUUUGUGUUGGUCUAUUGGGUGGGAGAUACUGUUUUUGUAACUGUGCAAGGUUUGUGUUGAAACAUCAUUCAUAUGGUUGACUGAUAUGUUAGCAGCUAUUGCAGAAUGACUGAGCUGACAGAAGUAAAUUUCCACUAUAGGUCAUAGGUCAUGUACAUUUCCACUAUAGGUUACUACCUUCUAUUCUAUGUGUUCUUUCUGGAUUAUAUUUGAGCCAUGCUCUGUGAAAGAGGAUUUAAUGCAUUUGCGUAAAGUGUUGUCCCAGAUUAGCCUGUGUGGACUGCACAGGCUAAUCUGGGAUGAUACUUUACGCAUAUGCAUUAAACCCCCUUUUCACAGAACGCGGCUCGUUUUAAAUGUGUGUAUGUGUCUUUGAUUAAUUAGGCUUACAGAUAAUGGCCUAAAAUUGUACAUGCAGGAGGAAACAUUUAUUUAUCUCAUUUAGUUUGAAGUAUUUUUUGUACACUGUAGUUUGUAUAAUUUACAGUAAAUGGAAACUUUACAUAUAUUUUAAUUGUAGAAAAAGAAUAAUGUAAAAAUAAAGUGUAUUCAAACCAA